UGAUCUUGAAUACAAUUGAAUUUAAGAACAACCACGAAGUCGCCAUCCACUUUUCAUUCAGAAUACCUAGUACGCAAUUCAUCUUAUUUUACAUCCUCCGUAAGCUGUCUUGCGCGUUGCCAUGUCAAAUAAUGGCGCGAAAGAGAAAAUGCAUUGAUCGCUACACUCAAUCAAACGAGCCUCCCCGGAAGAAGCGCGUGUCCACCACUCCUCUCCCGGAUGGAGUGCAUCACUAUCAGACAGUGGAGGAAGUCCCCUGGGAUUUACAAAAGUAUUGGCACCAAGGAUACUCAAUCUUUUCCAAGUAUGACGAUGGAGUGUGGAUGACAGAUGAUGCUUGGUUCGGCGUGACCCAUGAGUCUGUCGCAAACAAAAUCGCCCAGCAUGUGGCCGAGGCUCUACCGCCCAAGAGGUCAAUCAUCAUUGAUGCGUUCUGCGGCGUUGGGGGGAACACGAUUGCUUUCGCCCUUUCUGGCAAAUUCAAAAGAGUUUACGCAAUCGAGAAAGACGCUGCCACUCUGGCGUGUGCCAAACACAACGCCGAGAUCUACGGCGUGGCGGAUCGGAUCACCUGGUUUCAUGGUGACUGUUUCGAAAUCCUGGGCGCCAGCGGCAAGACAGAGAAUACGGUGGAAGCCCUCAGUGCGAUUACCGGACAGUUUGGGGUCAUUUUCGCAAGCCCGCCUUGGGGAGGCCCUGGCUACCGCAAUGCCGACGUUUUCGACCUCGAAUCAAUGGAGCCCUAUAGCUUCGGCCACCUCUACGAUUCCUUCGCAAAGUUGACUCCCAAUGUUGUGCUUUACCUCCCGAGAACGAGUGAUCUGCGUCAGAUUGCCGCAAGGGUUGAGCCGGGCAAGAAGGUGCAAAUUGUGCAUUACUGUACGAAUGGCACCAGCCGGGCCUUGUGUGCGUAUCUGGGAGACUGGGCACCGUUAAAGCUGUAAUGCCACCAGAUGGGGCGAUUAUGAUUAUAAUCGGGUGCAAUGGCGCAACGGAUGUACUAUGGCUAUUCUAAUUCGAAUAUGAAAGUUGUUCACGAGA